AUGCGCUGGUCCCCUGUAACGUACCCUCCGGACAUCAACCGGAGGCGCUCACGCGACCGAGUCCCUCCUCUCGGCAAUCCGAUCAAGAGUGCCAGACUUUCGUACUGCAACAGGGCGUCGGAACGACUCAAGGCAGAGGCGACGAAACAUAGAACGUGGAGGCCGGAAGAUCCGACCAGGAACUUUGAGCGCAAGAUCCCGAACUCCAUCACCCUCAACACAGGAGUUUAG